AUGGCUGAAAAGUGUGCAGACCAACUUGAUUCAGGAUUCGCAAAACAACUUCAUAAGAAAACUGGUCAAAUUGUUAUUCUUGGUUUUCAUAAUGCUGGAAAAACAACUUUAUCACGUACAUUACAAGAUAAUUCAUCUGAUGAAUAUACAUCAAGUUUAUCUUCACGUAGUAGUCAUUUAUGGAAACAUUAUAUUCCAAGUGUUGAUUCAAUUAUAUUUCUUGUUGAUGCAAUUGAUCCAAUUCGUUUUGCUAAAGCAACAGCAGAACUUGAGGACCUAUUAAAGAAUGAAAACGUUUUUAAUAUACCAAUUGUUAUACCUGGCAGUAAAUCUGAUUCACAAAAAGCUGUUGAUGAAGAAAGUUUUCUUCCGUGCAGCACUUGGUUUAUCAGAAACAAUGAAACAAAUAAAAGAAAACAUUUAUUGAUUUAUUAA